AGUGGCCAUUUUUCUGAAAAGCUGGGAAGUGGGGAAGGGAAAAAAGGCAAAUACAUGUCAAAUAUUUCAAGGCUGCGGUGUGUGGUGUGUGAUGAUUUUAAUUUUUGCAAAUGUGAUAACGUUUUAUAAGUAAAAAUCAGUUUCGACAGCACACUGCGGUUAGAUUGUCUGGUCUCAUGUAAACUUAGUUCGGACUUACCGCCUCGAUUUAAAACAACAACAAAGCUUGUUUGGUGUUUAAGAUGGGUUAUUAUUGUACAGUGCCACAGUGCACCUCGCUUGCCGGCAAGACUAAAAACGUAAAGUUCCACCGUUUCCCUCGCGACAACGACAUGGCACUCAAGUGGAAUACUAUUCUCAAGCGCGGCAAACCAGUAACGAAAUACUCUAAAGUUUGCAGUCUUCACUUCACACCAACAGAUUACAACAUAACAACAAUGGGUAAGAAUAAAGGUCAAUGGAAAACAUUGUCCAAAGAUGCUAUACCGACCCAGAACCUGCCGAAGCUCAACCCUGAUGGCACCGUCAUGGUUAUAAGGAAGAGCAGGACAGUCAAAUACAAGGAUUGCAAGAAAGAGGAGGUCAGUGCAAAAGAGGAGAAGUUCACAAGCGUGGCACAAACACAACCCCACUUAACCGACGACGUCAAGCAGGAAGAUACCGAAUCGACUCUAGCCUACCGUCUGAUGUGUAAUUUAGCGACCGAGUUACCAAAACCAAGGAAGCAAGACGCGACUAUGCAAACAGAUCCCAUACUGUCCGAGGACGAGCAGAACUCUAUGGAAAUAAAUUUUGAUAUAGACUACGACAUGCCAAAAGACUUCUCUAAACAAAACGAUGAUUUCAUACCGCAGACCAACGAGGAAUACAACAAGGAGGCGGAAAAAUACGCCCUACAGAUAAAAAAUCACAGCCAGUACGACCAGAAAGUCGAAAGCUAUACGAAGUUACCCGAAGUGUACAACGGGUUCAGGGAGAAGGCUUACAGUGAUGUAAUAUAUCAGAACACUUACACAGACAGCGUGGAGAUACUGAGGAACCAGCAGCACAACCUCCAAAUGCUGCAAGAACAGCACAGGAUCAACGAGAACCAGAACUUCUUCAAUGAAGACCACAUAAAGCAAGAAAUAGACUUCACCAACGACGAAGAGAAAUUUUUGUAUGAAAGGAAUAAGGAACAAAUUGAUCAUUCGAUGUACGAGCAUAGAGAACAACAAAGCAUAAUUGAUCACGUGACGACCGUGAAACAGGAACCGGAAGUUACCGGAGGUUGCGAGAAUGUCAUGCAACCUCAGACGAGUCCAUACUUCCCGACAGAUGGCGCCAAUAAUGUGACAACGUACUAUCCAUCAUUGUCACGUCCCGGACCAGAACUACUGAUUGCCAAACAGAACGCUCUGGCGGCUCACACACAACUAUGGCAAAAUCAAAUGAAGCGGCCAUUUUUUUAUAGCGACAGCACACAUUACAAUUCCACUCCAAUACUACAUAGAUGUGAGGACUUCAGUAGAAUCAUACAGUGAUGAGAGACAUUCCAAAGCUAAAUUAAGACUAUAUUUUAUUACGACGACAAUCUCUCGCUUUAUUAUUAUUAUUGUCUUUUUUUUUUGUUUAUUCUGUAAAUAUUUUAUCUGCAUUCCGAUAUUGUUUUUUUUUUAUCUGUGCUCUAUUCUUUUGGCGGCAGCUUUGACGUUUGACAGCUGACAGCAAGAUACUUACUAUCUUAUGUUAAUGACGUUAUUGUGAUAUAAUAUUAAUUAUUAAAUAAAAAUUAAGAUUUCUUUAUUGUAUUGUUUGAUAUAAUGUUUGUAUGGUUGGAAAAUUUUCUUCCGCCUUCUCGUAGUUUCGAAGUUUUUGUGUUACUGAAAUUAGAUUGCAUGUCUUUAUGUGGGAUUUAAAACUUGCGCUUUAUUUACGAAACGUAGUUUUUGAAGCGAGGUGAGUUUAGAUAUUUGCUUGAAUAAAAGUACCUAAUAAAUUUGGCUGCUCUUAUGUAGGUAUGCUAAUCGGAAUAUAUAUAUUUUUUUCAUCCCAAAAAACGUCUUGCUGUCGGAUCCAUGUUGGAGUGGACACAAAUUGUUAAUUUUUUAUUUUAUUAUUAUUAUUUUUUACAACAGUUAUUUAAAUAUUAAGAUUUUAUUAUUAUAAUAUUUUAUUUUUUAUAUUAUUUAUACGACGAAGUUACCAUAAUCUAUAGAAGCGGAGCGACAUUUUGUGUGCUGUGUCAAUAUUGAUGGGACCGUGUGAUUUUGGACAAGAUGUUUGGGGACAGUGAUAUCUUAUCGAAUUUACGUGAAAAUUGAUACUAUAGUUUAGGAUUAUUGUUCAUGUCAUCGGUCAGUCUUGCCAAAAAAACAGCACAAUGACCUUCACUACGAUGAAAAAUUUCUUCUUUUUUAUCAUUUUAUUUUUUUGUUUAUAUAUAUAUAAUAUUAUGUUCUGUUAUGUUGGUGCUCUUUACUUUAACACAUUAAUACAUAAUAAUAUAAUUAAUGUAAGUACAGAUAUUUUUUAAAGUUACAAAUAUAAAUUUGUAUGUGUUGGAGUACAUAUAAUUUUUAUGUAGAACGUGUAGUGAAUGCUAGCGGUUAUAUCAUACUUUGCAUUGUAAAUUUUAUACCGGUCAUAUAUUCUGCCUUCUAUAUAUAUAUAUAUAUAUGUUUGUAUGUAUAUAUAUAUAUAUUCUGGAUGUUUCUCUAAUAUUUGGUUGUGUAUAAAAAAAAAAAUUAGAUUUGUGAUACGUUUUUGUGAUAUGGGAAUGUGUUAUUUUGGAACAUUGAAAAUCUUAGCUGUAAGUGAACGAUGAGAGUGCAUUCCAUUAAAUCAAUAUUCAUUUAAUCAAAAUUGUGAUAAGUACAGGAUAUUUAUAUUGUACUAUGGAGUAAUAUAUUUUUUUAAGACCAAAGCAUUAUUACCAUGAAGUUUUUAAGGAACUAUGUCUUUCAUUUAUAUCUCUCUCGGCAGUCGAGUCAUCUUGUGCACGGACUGCUCAGCGGUCGAACUAUAACACAGCUAGUGUACUUAAAAUUUUCUAUGUCAAAUAGGAAUUAUGUUUGUCUGUCUAUAUUUUGGUGUAACGAUAGAUUGUAUAGCCCGUAAGGAAAUGUUAAACGCUAGAUUUCUUUCUGUUUAUAUAUAUUUUUUACAGAAGUGGCCAUUUCAAAUAAAAUAAGGAAAUAAAA